UACAUACAAGUUGGCAGCUCGGCAGCUCGGUGGUAGCGCCAACUGUUGCUUUCCGUCAAAAUAUUUGUUUUCAAGCAUGUUUGAUAGUAAAAGCGAUAAACUGCUUAUCCAGGCAGAGGAAGAAGACGCUGCGGGCGGCGAGCAACACCCCCGCUGCGAGCAUGGACCCACUGUCUUGUUCUACCGGCAAUCCCAGCUACCCAGGCAGGGAUACUACGCCUGCUCCGCUCACCGGGACUCGAAACUUUGCAAUUUUCACCUGCCAGCAGACCAGUGGAACGGUCAAGGCCCUGGGACUGAACCUGAGGAAAGAGAAUAUCCCUCAUUACCCGGAAACGGAUCGAAUCCUGCUCUUUCUGAUCCCACAUUAAGCCUAACAGCUCUUUCCCAGGACAAAGUGAAUGCCCAGUACUUCUUUGACGAAGCUGCUCUGAACUUUCUGGCGGAACAGUGCCGAGUUUUGGGAGUAACCAAAGUAGUCUGCAUGGGAGCACCGCGUCUCCACUUCCAUUUGCGUCAUAAACUCCAAAGUUUUCUUCUCGAUUUGGAUGAGAGAUUUGCUGGAUACCUGGGACCAGGGGAGUUCUGCCUCUAUAACAUGUGCAACAAUCACUUUUUCUACAAUCGAAGACCAUUUGAGAAGUUCCUGGAUUGCUCCAACUCGGAACACCUCUUAAUUGUGACCGAUCCGCCCUUUGGCUGUCGCACAGAGUUGAUUUCCCACACCCUACGCUCCCUGAGGAGGCUCCACAACCGGAUCAACCAGCUGCCCUCCACUCCACUGUCCAUUUUCUGGAUCUAUCCCUACUACUCUGCGAACCACAUAAAGCAGGAAAUGCCGGAGAUGGAUAUGUGUGACUACAGGAUAAACUAUACGAAUCACUUGCGAUACACGAACGUGGGCAGGCAGAGUCGCUUCUGCGGCUCACCCGUGAGGAUGUUCACCAAUGUGCCACUGCGAUUGCUUCGCUUGCCUUUGGAAGAGGGCUACAAAUACUGUCAGGAUUGUGAUUGCUACACUGCGAAAGAGAAUCUUCACUGCAGUCGCUGUGGGACAUGUCCCUCGGUUAAUGGCCAGACCUACAGGCACUGUGAUCACUGCGAUACCUGUGUUAAGCCCAACUAUGUGCACUGUCCAAGUUGCAGGAGAUGCACCCAAAGGGAGGGACACACCUGCUCCUUUUACCAAAGCAAACAGCAUUGCUGGCUGUGCGGCGAAAAGGGACACAUUGAAAGCAAUUGUUCAAAGUUCCGGAACAGCAAGCUAAAGCGCACAAAGGACAAAGGCUGUCUUAUCUGUGGCAAACAUAAUCACAGGGAAAGAAGAUGCAAUCACCGCCGAAAAUACUUCAGGGAACUUCACUUUAUGGGAGAAACCAGCAUACAGUGCCUUUGAUUUAUCAUCGUACCCC